AUGGGUCCGGCUUGGAAAAUCUCUCCACCCUCUAAAAUAAAACUAAUCCUAGCUUUUUUCAUUGGUGGUUUCGUUCAUUUCCUCCUCUUUGAAUAUCCGGCAAUAUAUGAAAGUUUUGAUAUUAACUCUUAUUUCCAACAAUAUGAAGAUCCCCUCGAAGCUGUUUUAAGAAAUUCAGCAACUCAUUCUUCAUCGAUUUUAGUUAGCACUAUCGAUAUAGAAGCUUCAACUUUAGUUUAUACCGAAACAACAACAGAUCCCUGGUAUAAUCAAACUUGGGAUUUCACGAGACAGGAUGACACUUUACACAGUUGCCCCGCUACCCCACCUAAUUUAGUCGGACCAAUAAGAAUUUGGCAAGAUGCACCUUCUAUGGAAUCAUUGCGGUUACUGUACCCUUAUCUACAAUCUGGCGGACAUGGUCAACCGAAAAACUGCACUUCCAACCACAGGGUGGCAGUAGUAGUACCGUUUCGUGAUAGAGAAGAUCAUUUAAGAAUAUUGUUACAUAAUUUACAUUCUUUACUAACCAAACAGCAGCUUGAUUACACUAUACUUGUUGUUGAACAAAUAGCAAAUCAGACUUUUAAUCGCGCUAAGCUUAUGAAUGUUGGCUUUGUAGAGGGAAUGAAGAUGUAUCCCUGGGAAUGUUUUAUAUUUCAUGACGUUGACUUACUGCCUGAGGACGAUCGAAAUCUUUACACUUGCCCGGUACAACCUCGUCAUAUGAGUGUUGCUAUCGACAAGUUUAAAUACAAACUGCCUUAUGGAUCGAUUUUCGGAGGAAUUAGUGCUCUGACCGUUGGCCAGCUUAUUCAGAUUAAUGGUUUCUCGAAUGAUUAUUGGGGAUGGGGAGGAGAAGACGACGAUCUAUCAUCAAGAGUAAGGUUGUCUGGAUUGAAAAUAACUAGAUACCCAGCAUCGAUCGCUAGAUACAAAAUGAUUAAACAUUUGAAGGAGGAACACAGCAAUCCUGUUAAUAGAUGCCGGUAUAAACUAAUGUCAAAGACAGCCUCUAGAUGGGAACGUGACGGACUCAAUAGCUUGAAUUACAAGAUCGUCAAUAAAACCUUCUACCCUCUGUAUACUCACGUUUUAGUGGAUUUAUUGGAGGAUGAUUCUCGUAGUAUUUUAAGACGAGAAGUCCGUUGCUAA